CUAAGCAUAAUUUUUUUUUUUUUUUUUUUGCUUCUAAAGAAAAAUGGGUAGUAGAAAGCUUGAUCAUGUGAAAGACAAUGACAUCUCAGUGAAAAUAACUUUUUCUAAACGCCAAAUUGAUACUUUCAAGAAGGCUGAUGCACUUGCGAGGCAAGCUAGGAUUCGCAAGAAUCAAGCCAAACUUGAUCAGCUUCUGGAACAACUGGAACUAAGCAAAGCGUAUGAGGAGGAAUUGAGGAAGAGGCAAGAAAAAAAUCCCUGGGCCAGAAACUACAAUAGGAAGGAGAUUCCCAACCUAAAGUUGGAGGACUUGCUUGCUUUUAAGAAACAACUCGAGAAUCUCAAAGAAGUUGUAGAGAGGAAACGCGUUGAAAUGGAGGCUUCGUUGAGCCUAUUGUAUCUUUCAAAGAGUGAUGAUAUUAAGAAUUAAGAAUAAGAAAAUCAGAAGA